CAUACCUUACCCUGGAAGCCUAUAGUGUUUGGCCGUGGCUCAGUGUCAUGUCCUUCUCCUUGUUCCAGAAGUUCCGGCUAGAUAUGCCUGGCUCGGGCAGCGCCUUCAUCCCCACCAUCAACGCCAUCACCACCAGCCAGGACCUGCAGUGGAUGGUUCAGCCCACAGUGAUUACCUCCAUGUCUACCCCUUAUCCGCGCUCACAUCCCUACAGCCCCCUGCCAGGCCUGGCUUCGGUCCCUGGGCACAUGGCUCUCCCCAGACCCGGCGUGAUCAAGACCAUUGGUACCACCGUGGGGCGCAGGAGGAGAGAUGAGCAGCUGUCUCCUGAAGAGGAGGAGAAGCGCCGGAUCCGGAGGGAGAGAAACAAGCUGGCUGCUGCCAAGUGUCGGAACCGUCGCCGUGAGCUGACGGAGAAGCUGCAGGCGGAGACAGAGGAGCUGGAGGAGGAGAAGUCUGGUCUGCAGAAAGAGAUUGCUGAGCUACAGAAGGAGAAGGAAAAACUCGAGUUUAUGUUGGUGGCCCAUGGCCCUGUGUGCAAAAUCAGCCCCGAGGAGCGCCGAUCACCCCCGACCUCCGGGCUGCAGUCCUUACGUGGUACAGGCAGUGCCGUGGGCCCUGUGGUGGUGAAGCAGGAGCCUCUUGAAGAGGACAGCCCCUCUUCCUCAGCGGGGAUGGACAAGACCCAGCGCUCUGUCAUAAAACCCAUCAGCAUCGCCGGGGGUGGCUUCUAUGGGGAGGAGCCUCUGCACACCCCCAUCGUGGUGACCUCCACACCUGCCAUCACUCCAGGCACUUCAAACCUUGUCUUCACCUACCCCAGCGUCCUGGAGCAGGAGUCGCCUGCGUCACCCUCAGAGUCCUGCUCCAAGGCUCACCGCAGAAGCAGUAGCAGUGGGGACCAGUCUUCAGACUCCUUGAACUCCCCGACACUGCUGGCCCUGUAACCCCAUGCUCCUCUGGCCAAGUCUGGAGGAGUCCUUGUCAGUGCCACACCCUUCCCGGGGGACCAGCACCUUUAAAGCACUCCAGGGCCAUGAGAGCCAAAAAGGGCGCCCUGGCUCUGGGGACCCAAUGGGACUUAGCGGUGAGGCACUGGUUGAUCUCUUAGAAGCCCCGGGACACCCUCCUCCCUCAUUCAUUUUGCAAGCAAAUCCUCUUUCUUAAGAAGCCGCAGAGAACUUGGUUUGGUGACUGAGACAUCUCUCCCGCUUCUGAGGCACCUGGAGCCGGCCUGGAUGGCUCCUGUCUUUUGUUGCUGUCUCCGGAGUGAUGGUGUCCUUUCCUGGCCCGCCAAGCAUGCGCACUGCCUUUUGGUUUCCCUUCCUUCCCUCAGUAUCAGUUUCACUCCCUCUGGGUUAGUUAUAUGAGAUUUGCCAUGACAUUUCAUCUGGGUGGUCCAGAUAUUAAAACGCUUUUAUUUCUGGAGCUGGGGGAGGCAGAUUACCCUUCCACUGGGGCACACGUGUCCUGAAGGGGCAGUCAAAGUGCAAUAUUAUUGAACCUUCCCUCCCUACCCACCCCAGUGCACUGCUCUGACAGACCACAAUGGGCUCCCUGAGUUCUGCAGGCGAUGCUGCCAUCACUGGGAUGCGCCAAGGACCGCUCCCCCCCUCAGUCUCGGAGAUGCCCAUCUCUUUCAGGAUCAGCUUGGCCAGAAGAUAGGGUGUGAGUGCGACAACCAGGGCACAGGUUGGGUUUGCCAAAUGCCUAAUUACCAAGCUGGGAUUGGUGCCAGCGAAGACACAUGCUGUCUGGUGAGCUUCCCUUCACCUGGUGUCUCGAGCUGGGCGUCUCUCGUAAUUACUGCCUCACCAUUCUGCCCCUGGACCCUUCUCUCCAGACCUGGGAGGCAACCCCUUCCUAGGAUCUACACAUCCUUCCAAGGCCCUGCUGGGCCCUGCCAGUCCCCAACUCUCAAGGUGACACAACGCAUGGAUAUCUAGUGAGUGUUGGAAUGGAGGGGGGACAGGGAGCCGAGGUAAGGGAUGGUUUUGGCGGUGGCAGCCCCAGGUGCCUAGUCUCCCCUGGCUAUUCUCCUGUCAGUGAGGUG